AUGGAGAAGGAGGCUAAAGCAAGGCUGGCAAAGAAGAAGACCCCUAUCGCGUCAGCCACAAAGCAGAAAGAGCCUGUGAAACCUACAAUUGUUGUGUCUCCCUCCCACUCCAACGAUAGAGUCGUUUCCGAGGCUGACAAGGUCGCUGGACCGAAGCGCAAGUCUGUGGGCCGAAUCGUCGCAAUCCUUAACAAGGCUUUUCCUGCGAAGGAGGCAGUCGUUGUCUUCGAUGAGCUGAAGCACAAGACUCUACGCGUCUUCAAGAUCGGAAAGGCGCAGCGCAAGGACUUCGAAGCUCAGAUUGACAAGGUACUGGCACUGUACGGGACACCGGCAUCAAAGCGCGAGCAGCACGUCGCUAUGCUGAUUGACUUGAUCAACUUCGAGGAUGCUAUCGGCCGUAACGAUGACGGACUGUAUGGUCAUCUUAACGCCACUGUCAAGGAUGCAGCUAUCCAAUACGCCAACGAUGGACUUUCCAAGUGGCUCUUCCGCCACUAUAUGUGGUUGGACUUCGACAAGGUUUUUGUACAGCACGGCAACUUGCAGUCCAUCAAGACCAUCGCAAGCCUGGGGACGUCUCUCUUUGACAUGGACUUGGCCUUGAGUUCCGCUGAGCAGCCGGACGAGUUCGAUGAUGGAGAAAUCACCGCUACGCCGUCUGAGAUCCUUGAAAAAUAUCAUGGGAUAUCUAACGAGUACGGGUCAGCUCUACGCCAUUUUCUGAGUGCCGUACCCGAGUCAUCUCCCAUGUAUGAGCUGGUCAAAGCCCAUGGUGAGCACGAGGGUUUUAUCACGUAUGAUAGCUGGUACAAGGCGGUUCCCUUCCAGACCACGAUGAAAGAUCACACACACAUGGUGAGACGGAGCAUCACAUGCACGUUUGAAUCAAGUGUACCCUGA